CAGAAAGGCCCCCUAAGCUGUGCUGCGCACGAACCUUUCACGCUCGCUGCCAUGAAGCCUGGGGGCAGCACGGACCCCGCACGGCUCCUCCUGCGGAGCUGCGCCCCAGCUCCCCUCUCCCAGGCAGCUCCUCCACCUGCAACAGGCGAAGCCGCCACGUCGGGAUGCAGAGCCAGAGCUGCAGGGACAGGGCUGGCGUCACCUCGCCAAUAAAAGCAAGUGCUGCCGGGUCCUGUACGCGGACCGCCUCUCAACCGGCACCCUCAAAACAUUUUGCACGGUACGAGCUACCGUCAUACCAUCUCAUCUUCCCUUAGGAGAGGGGAGGGAGCACUGGCAGUUGCUGGGUAAUUUGAAGACUACUGUGGAGGGUUUGGUGUCAGCCAACAGUCCGAACGUCUGGUCCAAGUAUGGUGGCCUGGAGCGGCUUUGCAGGGACAUGCAGAGCAUCCUCUAUCAUGGGCUCAUCCAUGACCAGCAGGUGUGUUGCCGCCAGACUGAUUACUGGCAGUUUGUGAAGGACAUCCGCUGGCUCAGUCCCCACUCAGCACUUCAUGUGGAGAAGUUCAUCAGCUUACACGAGAAUAGCCAGAGCAGCACCGAUGGUGUGAGUGAGCAUGCUGUUGCUGAAUUGUGGCUGCAGCACAGCUUGCAGUGCCACUGUCUCUCCGCCCAGCUCCGACCACUGCUCGGGGACAAGCAGUAUAUCAGAAAAUUCUACACAGAUACUGCUUUCCUGCUAAGCAACGCCCACGUCACGGCCAUGCUCCAGUGCCUGGAAGCAGUUGAACAGAACAACCCCCGCCUCCUGGCUCAGAUUGAUGCAUCUAUGUUUGCCAGAAAGCAUGAGAGCCCGCUGCUGGUGACAAAGAGCCAGAGCCUGACAGCCCUGCCUGGUUCCACAUACACCCCUCCGACCAGCUAUGCUCAGCAUUCCUACUUUGGGUCCUUCUCUAGCCUCCACCAGUCCGUACCCAACCACGGCUCAGAAAGAAGAUCUACUUCCUUUUCACUCUCUGGCCCUCCCCGAAAACCUCAAGAAAGCAGAGAGCACGUCUCACCGGCACAGGAUCAAGCCUUCCAAGCCUCCCUGCUUCCAGUCUCUGCAUUAGCCAGGGAUUCCUCCUCAACCCCAAAUGAGAUGAGCUCUAGCACUCUGACCAGCCCCCUAGAAGCAUCCUGGGUCAGCAGCCAGAAUGAUUCCCCAAGUGACGCCAGCGAGGGGCCUGAGUACUUGGCCAUUGGCAACCUGGACCCCCGAGGCCGGACUGCCAGCUGUCAGAGUCACAGCAGCAAUGCUGAGAGCAGCAGCUCCAACUUGUUCUCCUCCAGCAGCUCGCAGAAGCCAGAUUCUGCUGCUUCUUCCCUAGGCGAGCAGGAAGGAGACGGGCAGAGCCAGCUGUCCAGCAUCUUUCGCAGGUCCAGCUUCUCGGAAGGGCAGACACUCCCUACCACCAGUGGAACAAAAAAGAGCCACACUCGCUCCCAUUCGGAUACCAACAUUGCCUCCAGAGGAGCCCCAGAAUCCUGCAAUGAUAAGUCGAAGUUGAGAGGCCCCUUGCCUUACUCUGGCCAAAGCAGUGAAGUCAGCACACCCAGCUCUCUGUACAUGGAGUAUGAGGGUGGUCAGUACCUGUGCUCAGGGGAGGGCAUGUUCCGAAGACCAUCAGAAGGACAGUCCCUCAUCAGUUACCUGUCGGAGCAAGACUUUGGAAGCUGUGCAGACCUGGAAAAGGAGAAUGCCCACUUCAGCAUCUCAGAGUCCUUGAUUGCUGCCAUUGAGCUAAUGAAGUGCAACAUGAUGAGCCAGUGCCUAGAAGAGGAGGAAGAAGAGGAGGAAGACAGCGAUAGAGAGAUCCAGGAACUGAAGCAGAAGAUCCGCCUUCGUCGCCAGCAGAUCCGCACCAAGAACCUACUCCCCGUGUACCAGGAGACAGAGCAUGGAACAGGCUUUCGGGUCACUUCUAGCAGCUCCCAGUUCAGCUCACGUGAUUCGACACAGUUCUCUGACUCCGGCUCUGCUGAUGAGGUUGAUGAAUUUGAAAUUCAAGAUGGUAGCGAAGGAUCUAACCUGACUCACAUGUCAAAGAACGGACUCUCAGUGUCAAUGGCCUCGAUGUUUUCAGAUGCUGACAUCAGAAGGAGCACAACCUCACACAGCAAAUCCUUCACUUCCUCCCAACCCUUCUCCCACUGCUUCCUUCACUCCACAUCUGCAGAGGCAGUGGCCAUGGGACUCCUGAAGCAGUUCGAAGGCAUGCAACUCCCAGCUGCCUCAGAGCUAGAAUGGCUAGUUCCAGAGCAUGAUGCCCCUCAGAAGCUCCUGCCCAUCCCAGACUCACUGCCCAUCUCACCAGACGACGGGCAGCACGCUGACAUCUACAAGCUGCGGAUUCGUGUUCGUGGCAACCUGGAGUGGGCCCCACCCCGACCUCAGAUCAUUUUCAAUGUUCAUCCAGCCCCAACGAGGAAGAUCGCUGUUGCCAAGCAGAAUUACCGCUGUGCCGGGUGCGGCAUUCGGACUGACCCUGAUUAUAUCAAGCGGCUGCGGUACUGUGAGUACUUGGGCAAGUACUUCUGCCAGUGCUGCCAUGAAAAUGCCCAGGUGGUCAUCCCCAGCCGCGUUCUGCGCAAGUGGGACUUCAGCAAGUACUAUGUCAGCAAUUUCUCCAAGGACCUGCUCAUCAAGAUCUGGAAUGACCCUCUCUUCAACGUGCAGGACAUCAACAGUGCCCUCUAUCGGAAGGUCAAGCUGCUCAACCAAGUCCGGCUGUUGCGGAUCCAACUGUAUCACAUGAAGAACAUGUUCAAGACAUGCCGACUGGCCAAAGAGCUUCUGGAUUCCUUUGACACAGUUCCCGGCCACCUGACCGAGGAUCUCCACCUGUACUCACUGAAUGACCUGACUGCAACCAGGAAGGGGGAGUUGGGACCCCGGCUCGCUGAGCUCACCAGGGCAGGGGCUGCCCACGUAGAGCGAUGCAUGCUCUGCCAAGCCAAGGGCUUCAUCUGCGAGUUCUGUCAGAAUGAGGAGGACAUCAUCUUUCCUUUUGAGCUCCACAAGUGCCGGACCUGUGAAGAAUGUAAAGCAUGUUACCAUAAAGCUUGCUUCAAGUCUGGAAGCUGUCCCCGAUGCGAGCGGCUGCAGGCCCGGCGGGAAUUGCUGGCCAAACAGAGCCUGGAGUCUUACAUGUCAGACUAUGAGGAGGAACCCACUGAAGCCUUGGCCCUCGAGGCCACUGUUCUGGAGGCCACCUGAAGAAAGCACACUAAGCCCUCCUUCUAGGGGCUGGGGUCACACAUAAUGCAGAACUGAGCCACCCUUUUAAGGACUUUCCCCACUUUUUUUUUCUUUAAUUAUUAUCAUUUUUUUUUUUUUAUGACUUACCUAACGUCCAUAUAUAAUCAACCUUUGAUAGGUUGGUGGGGUCCAGUCUGUUGUGACAAUUUGUAGGUACUGGAUAUUUCCAUCAGAACUGACACAGGAGUCAUUAUGUGAAGCUUCUAGUGCCUCUGUCGGGGGAAUGGACGAUGAGACCCAAUUCUUCUGACAUCCAUGGCCUUCUGUACUUGGACCAGAUCUGGUUUCAGCUGCAUUUCAAGUAUCAUUUCCAGUUUUAUUUUGUUUUAGUUCUGGAGCUUUUGAGUCAGGCCUUUCUCAACCAACUCACUUCUCCUUUGCUGCUGAAGUAGGAGGAUGGAGUUUUCUCUCUCUGUCCUGGAAUAGAGUCAGACUGUGCCCUGAGGAGAAGGAGAAUGGGACUACACCAUGGGCAUUCUGUCCAGCUAGUUAUUAAGGUAUUUUUAAGGCCGUGGAAACAGCAUUCUUACCUGGAAUCCUCAGAGACCUCAAGCAGGCCACCAUGACCUCCUUGUGUGAAAUAUUCUAGGCAUCAAUGAUGUCACAAACUGACUUUCCUUAUCCUGGCAGGCUUGAAACAAAGAAACAGAACUGAUGCUUAAGCCAGGCCCCCUCAUAGCCUUCCACUGAGCAUAAGUGAGGCUGCAACUCUGUGGCUUCAGGAGCAUUGAUUCAGUCAGAGAAGCUAUUGGCCAACUCUUACAUGAUAAGGUCUCUUAGUCAACCAAGCUUUGGUGCAGAUAUGAUCUUUCAAGCUCAGGCAGGUAGGUCCCUGAUGCCAUCCUAGGCUGAGGACAGAAACUGCAUCCACCAUCUUAUUUGUGGAUCUUCUGCCCCCGCGUCCUCUGUUAGGUGGUUAUUUUGGUUCUGAGUGAAAGUAUGGCCCCACUCGAUUUUCAUCCUCUUCCUGCAACAGAGCUGGGACCUUCCCUGGUGGCUGAACUCUUGCCUUAGUUUCUUUUGUUAAAGUCAGGGUGGGGGUGGGGAGAUCUCUGCUAUUAGUGAGGUUAGAGAACUUAGCAAUUUGUGGAUAUGAGUGUGAGUGUGAAUGUUCCUGUGUUCUUGGGAUAACAAGAGCCUUUAUGCCUAUUAUGCACUGAACUCUGUAGCCUGGUGAUGUCCAUAUGUUCAGUCGUUUUUUUCAUAUUACUAAUUUUAACACACACAUACAUUUUCUUAAAAUGUGCAUUUUGAUGGGACCGUGGAUAUGUUUGUGGUGUUCUUUAAGUUGCUAUAGACUCCUGACCCCUUCCUAUCAUACUGGUCAGGGUCACUGUUCUGAGGGCUGGCAGCUCUGUGAACAAAAGCCCACAGCAUUUUUUUUCUGGGACUGACUUCUUGUAUACCUGUCUCUCCAUAAUUGGUUGCUAGUAGAAAAUACUAAGUGUGGAUGCUGCCCCAAGAAGCUGAACAGAAAGUAGCACAUGGUUGGUGGAAGCUGAUGAGUGGCUGAGCUGGAGGCAACCAGGAGUCUCACAGGGAGUAGAAGGGGCAGUAAGGUAAUGGCCAGAGCUGAGGCUUUACUUGGGCAAGGGGGAGCAGAGAGGGAUUGACCUGUGGUGUUGGUCUCUCUGCCUCAGACUUAGGAUCAGGCUGGAAGACCCUGAAGCUGUUCUCCUUUCAGUCCAUGGGAGAGGCUCUGAGAGCCAAGCCCAGCCCAGUUUUGAGGGGCUAACUAGGAGCUCCAUUGUCCUUCAAGGAACUUUGGGAAUGGCCCCACAAAACUCAAGACUUUCUAAGGGUUAGGCCUCAGAUUCAUACUCAGGGGUUUGUAAAAAAAAAACAAAACAAAACGGUGAGCUCUGGGUCCAGUUUUGGUAUAAGUUACACAUCUAGCUAGCUCUUCACUCUAAGUCACUACACUGGAGGAGAGAUGCACUGUCAUUCUUGUCCUGCCUGUUUCAUAUUAGCAGAGGACCAAAGGAUGGAAAAUGCUAACAGUUUCCAAAGCUGAGCUUAGCAAUCUAAUAUGCUCCUGGCUUUUCACUUAUUUUUCUCCAUGUUCCCCAUUCCAUCUCCUUAGAUUGUGUAUCUGUUUUAGUGACCCUCACACUCUGCUGUCAUCACUGUCCAAACACCCAUUUAUUUAUUUAUUUGAGAGGAAAGAGUGAGAGGAAAGAGUAUGGGAUGUUUUGAAAGCACUUUGCAACUUAUACCAGUAUCUAAAAACCUCCUGCUGUUGUAGGGGGAAAGCUGAAUGCACUGAAGAGCAUUCCUUCUGAGUGAAAUGGGAGGGAAGAAGUGUUCUUUUUCAUAAAUAAAGGGAAAAAAAGUUAAAAGUUUGCUUACAAGAUAGAGACAAGAUUCAAGACAAAGCAGAAGAGUGGAAGACAGAUAUCUUCCACUUAAAUGAGGCUGUUAUUGACUUUCUCUGCCAAGACUUUAGAGCUUUUGUUGAAUUAACAUGAAAGGAGGAAGAGUCUAAAUAGAGAUGAUCUGUUCAUGUACAACUCGUGUUCUGAACUGGAUUUCUACUCUCUGUAAUUCAUACAUAGCCUAACAGUUUAUUAUCAUCUUUAAUAAACUAAAGGAAGUGAAAUUUCUGCCUUUUAUUUUUGCCUUGACUAUAGGAAAUGGUAUUGAGUGUCCACUGUAAAGUAGGCAUGUCUAAAAAUUCAGGCGGUUUCUGAAUUAUAAUGCAAAGAAAACUGGACCUUCCGAGUUAGGAAAACUGGAUGAGAAUGUGACCUUGAGCAGAUCACUUUGGUUCUCUGGAAUUCUGUUUCUUCACGUAUAAAAGAUAUGGGCAUUAAUCAUUUCCAGUGCAUGAGGUGUGCACCCUACUCGUCCUCUUGAUGUAAGUAUCUUAUUUUAAAGCGAGGUUGGGGCGCCUGGCUGUCUCAGUGCAACUCUUGAUCUUGGGGUUAUGGGUUCAAGCCCUACAAUGGGUGCAGAGGGUACUUAAAAAUUUUUAAAUCUUUAAAAAUAAAAGAAAAUAAAAACAAAGUGAGGUGAAUCUUUCUCUCUACAGCAUCUGAAUUGUAUCCAAUGCUUUGUUUCUCACUUCUGUGAACAACUUGCUCUGAGUUUCUGUCUUAUGCUCCUGGCCCACUGAGGUUCCACUUUCACCCUACAACUUUCUGAACAUGUCCACUUUGAUGUCCCAUGGUCAUCCCCCACUGAUAUGUCUAAAACCAACAUAGGUAUCAUAUUUCCUCACACCUAACCAUUAGUCACCCCAGCUUGAAAAUUGGGCUAUCUUCAACUCCUUCCCUCUGAGUCAGGUGGCAUGUUCAGCCAAUAAAACAUGAUCUCCUUCCUACUACCUGUCAUCAAGUUCUAUUGAUUUUUUCUCUUUAAAAUAAGUAUUUCGUUCCUUUUCUAUCAUUGGCACACAGAUUCAGGUUCUUACAUCUUAGCCAUCUCUAGCCAUGCCAAUCUCUUCCUAUUUAAUCAUCCAUCAGAUAUUUGCGCGCCUGCUGGAUGCCAAUUUCUGUGCUAGGCCCUAUGGCUAUUGCAGGGAGCAAAAUGGAGGCAAUCCGUAUCGUUAGGGCACAUAGAGUCUUGAGGGGGAGACAGGCAUUGCCCCCAAAGUCACCAAAAUUAAUAUGUAAUUACAAGCUGUACUAAGAGCUAUGAAGGCAAAGAGUAGAUGCUAUUAAAUUAAAAAACAAAACAAAAACAACCCUAGUAAGUGGACCUAAUUUAGAUGGGAGACAAGUAAGGCCCCCAAUGAGGCACAGAGUUGGGAGAAAAAAGCUCCAGAUGAGGACUGGCAUAUGUGUUGGUGCUGAGAUGGGGGGAGUUUGGGUAAGGAGCUGCAAGAACUGAACUACAAAUUUUAGAUUUUAUUUUUAGCAUGUUAGAAAACCACUGAAGAGUUUGAGUCAGAGGAGUGACUCAUCUGGUUGAAAUGUCAGUGUGUACUUUUCAGAGAAUAAAUAGAGUAAGGCAAUAGUAGAAACACUGAGAUCUUCUAGAGGGUUGGCUGUAGUCAUUCAAGAGAGAAAUUAUGUUGAUUUGAGCUAGAGUGUGGAAUAUUAUCAUCACUAUCCGCUCAUUACCCCAGACCUCUGAAAACAGGAUGCAUUCCAAAUGUUCUACAAUGACUCGGGGCAUUUUGAAUGAGUGAACAAAAAGGCUGAGGGACAAGAUAUUGGAAAAAUCCUGGGAUACAUGACAGAAGCCAAGGAAAAUGAACAACUAUGGCUCAGGACGUGCAGAGACCAGGGUGGCCCUAGGAACCUCAGCUGCAGGAUUUGCAAACCUCUUGAACCUGCUGCCAGCGAGGCAGGCCAAAGAGUAACAGCUGUGUUGGGGACCCAGCCCCGAGUAGUAGGGCACACCCCAAAGAAAGGGGAGCUGUGAGUUGGGCAGUGAUGCAUUGUGGCAUUGGCUAUGUUAUUCAUCAUUCCCUGUGGCCCCAGGCAUGUGUGGGUUUGCUAUAUUCUCUGAUGGUGUGAAGAGUAGGCAUAGUCUUUAUAGCUUCUUGGUUACAGUGAGGCCCAAGCCUGCUUCCUUUUCCCUAUGAACUUCUGGCUUAGAGUAUGGGAAAAAGGGAUCACUGUGCCCACCAUACCCUGCUGACUUUUCUGUUCUGAUCAACAUUAGUCUUCUCCCAUAUCCAGUCUCCAGGCUAUCGAACUGCUUGCUGUUAAAAUUUUAGUGAGAGCAGCUACCAGGUGGCCCAGGCUUACCCAUUGCUGAGCUCGAUGUCAUUGGGAUUGAAGAUUCAUGUGAUUCAAAAGGAAAGAAAAUCUGCCUCGCACUACCCCUCCAGGAGCUUGGAGAACAUGAGGCUGAGCUUUACCUAUUCCCUUGACUAUCUCUUAUCUGUGGACUGCUAGGCUCUGGCUUUGGAGGUACAUCAGAGACUUAGUCAUUAAUUUUCCUUGGAUUCGGUCAUUUAUCCCAAUAUCUUAACACCGGGCCAGUGAGGUGAGGGCUAGUGGGUUAAGAUAAAUAAAUCAAUCAAUCCUGAGUGGUGGGAGGGCUCUUAGGUAGAUGGAAAUUUUAGCAACCAGCCUUCUGAGAGGCUGCAGCAGACCAGUAAGGUGCAAAUCUAAGUCUAUGUGUGACGCAGCAGGGCAGCACGGAUGACCUGCAAACUUUUGGCAACUCGUCAUCUUAGGUACUUCCUGUCCUUUCCUGUCACCGCUCUGGGAAUUUCUCACUUGUUUUCCUUUCAAACAGCGAUGUUUGUAGUUCUCAACUGGUUUCUCUCCCCCACUGGCCCACGGCAGGAACAGAAGCUAGCCUCCCAGCUUCUCCUCCAAACCCCUGUUCCCACAGUGAACACACGACUGCUUUUGCACUAGCAGCAGGGAGGGGAGAACAAGCAAGUAAAAGGCGCCUUUCCCUCCUCACCUCCUAGCCUUUGCCACUUAAAAUCUGAGGAAAGAAAUUCAGCCUGGAUGCCAACAAUAGAUCUCCCUGCGCUAAAACAAAAUUUGCAUGUUUCUCCCGUAACCACUGGAAGGCCUGUAACCACCAAGCUAACUGAAAAAAAGUCCUGAGAAGAUGAACAGCAGAGAUGAGGCCUGCAGAGGAAAAGGGAAUGAAAAAGAGCUGCUUCUCUCUUGUUUAUUCAACAGCAUUUAAUUUCUAAUACGUUCACAUGCUUAAAGACCACAAAAAAGUAAUCAGUGAGAAGUCUCCCAUUUCUGUAGCCAUGUGCCCAGUUUUUGCCACACCCCCUUUGGUAGCCCCUCAUUACUUUAACAUUUAUCCUUGAGAGAAAAUUCUCUACCUCUGCCCUUCCCCCUCUUUUAAGAAGAUUUUAAUAUUUAUUUGAGAGAGAGAGAGCAUGAGUGGAUGGUGGGUUGGGGGGGGGCAGCAGAGAGAGAGGGAGAAGCAGACUACCUACUGAGCAGGGAGCUGGAUGUGGGACUCCAUCCUAGGACCCUGAGAUCAUGACCUGAGUGGAAGGCAGACACUUCACUGACUGAGCCACCCAGGUGCCCCCAAAAUAUAUACUUCUUAUUCUUUCUCCUUUUAAAAAAAUUGCCAUAUCAUAUAUACACUUUUAUGUACCUUGCUUUUUUAAAAAAUAGUAUCUUAAAGAAUUUUUAGUAUUGGUACAUGGAGAGAGUUUCCUUAUUCUUUUUUAUAGUGGCACAUUUUCCAUUGCAUGAAUGGACAAUAUUUGAUUCACCCAGUUACCUAUUGAUGGGUUUUUAAGUUGUUUCCUAUCUGUUGUUAAUAUAAACAUUGUUACAAUGAAAAACCUGGUCAUACAUGAUUUCAUAUGGGUGCAAAUGUAUCUGUAGGAUAAAUUCUCCAAAGAUGAACAGCUGGCACAAGAAGAGUGUGCAUUUGUAAAUUUUGGUAAGUACUGCCAAAUACCCCUCCACCAUGGGGAUAAGGAGAUUGGGGCAGGGGAGGGGAUGGAAAACAUGACUGUGGGGCCAUACUCCUUUCCCUAAAACUCACCUUUACUUCUCUCUAUAAGAUAAAGUUUGGUCCCUUACCCUGGCACAUACAGGAUCUUCAAUACAUGGCCACACUUCAGCCUCCUAACUUCAUCUCCUGCCAUUCCCUGAACUACUAGCAGUUUCCCAACUACACCUUCAUCCUUCUUCCUUUGAAGAGCUAACUUGGCUACAUCCCCGCUUUCUCUGAUUUAUUCUCUACCCAUCCUCUGUGAGCCCGUAGCACUCUCUGUACCUCCUGUUAGAACACUUCUCACAGUCUUGUUAUUUAGCAUUUUCUCUAAUAGCACAGCAGAUGAGUGAAUGAAUGAGAUGAAUGCAUGAAUGGCCAGGUGGCCAUUUGAAUGUAAGGAACUGCUUGUUCUGCAUGGGAACAAGAAUGAUCAGAAGUACACUGUGGGACAAGGGACAGGAUUGUUCUGACUUUGCCUCUGACCGCCACCCGUCUUAGCUCUCUUAUCUCUUUCCUUGGCAUCAAAUCACUCCAUUGGUCACUUUCCCAAAUCUUAAAGUGGUAAAAAUACACUCCCCUCUCUUUUCUUCCCUCAGCUACUUUGCAGCCGUUUCUGUUUUGUUCUGUCCAGCAGCCAUUAUCAGAGAAGGUAACAUUCCAAAUGUCCUUUACUCACUUUAUUAUUAAACGGCCAGCCUUUCCUUGCCAGGGACUAAACUGGGAGAUACGAUGAGAUUUAUAUGCCCUAAAAACACCCCAGGAAUUUAAAAAUCUUCAUGUCUACAAGGUAGGCUGAGAAAAGAAUGAUAAAGCCAUGUAAAAAACUGCUGAAGCUGUUAAAAUAUCCAAAUGUCUUCCAACUAGAGAUAGAAAAAUAGUACAAAAUCUUACUUGUUCUAAUGACCUUUGUUUAUUGUUACAAACUGGUUCACACGAAGUCAAAGCCUGAUUUACAGCAAAUUCUGAAGCUUGUCUUCCCAACAUUUAACUUAGACUUGAGAUCUCCAUAAGCUAAGCUCAAGAACACUGUUCAACACGGAAAGAAAGAAUGCCAGACCAGCAUCCAUCCAUCCAUCCAUUUAUCCACUGAACUUACUAUGUUUCUGUGUUCCAGACAUCAUGCCAGAGCUGAAAUACAAUCCUAGAACAUUGUUUCAAAAGGUGUUUGCAGCAUAAUUUAUAAGAGUUCAAAGUUAAUAAUGGAAAAUAUCCCAAAAAAUAGAUGCAACCAUUAAAAUCAUGAUUGUAAAAACCAUGAUAGAAACAGAAAAAAAUCGUCUAACUCAAUGCUAUAUGGAAACAAAAAAAGAAAAGUAUAUAUCAAAUAUAUAUGAAUCUUUACUGAUAUGAAUAGAUAAUAGAAUAAAUAAAUAAGAAGAGACAAAUCCUCCUCACAGAAUUCAAACAAUAUCUGUAAAUUAUCUCUCUCCCCUUGAAGAUGGACUAGAAUUAGUGAUUCACUUACAUAGGGAAGAAAGGGGGGUGGGCACCUGGGUGGCUCAGUCAGUUGAGUGUCCAACUCUUGAUUUCAGCUCAGGUCAUGAUCUCACGGUUGUGAGAUAAACCCAGUGUCAGGCUCCAGGCUGGGUUUGGAGCCUGCAUGAGACUCUCUCCCUUUCCCUCUGCCCUUCACCCUCCCCAACACCCCCCCCCCCAAAAAAAAUACAGAAAGAGAAAAUAGCUGGUUUACAGUAGAGAAACCUGGCCAAUACUGUCUUAACCAAAGGAUCAAGUUAAUACCGCCAAUCUGGAUAUUAUGCAUUCUGGAUAUGAUGUAAUGAGAAGAGCACAUCACUUCUGUGAUAUUCUUUCCCAAAACCCAUAACAUCAAUCUAAUCAUGAGAAAAACAAGACAAACUCAAUUUGAGGACUUUCUACAAAAUAGCUGACCAGUACUCCUCAAAACUGGCAAGGUCAUGAGAAACAAGGAAAGACCUGAAAAACUGCCACACAUCAGAGGAGCCUAAGGAGACACAAUUAAAUACAAUGUUCCAUCCUGAAUUGGAUCCUGGAACAGAAAAAGGACCUUAGCAGCAAAACUGGUUAAAUCUGAAUAAAAUCUAAAGUUUGAUUUAAUGUAAUGUACCAAUGUUGGUUUCUUAGUGUUGAAAAAUAUAAGAUGGUACAUAAGUGAAAAAUGAAAUUUUCCAGAACUAUCGUAUCUUUGUAAGCUUUCUGUGAAUCUAAAAUUAUUCCAAAAUUAGAAGUUUAGGGAUGCCUGGGUGGCUCAGUGGUUGAACAUCUGCCUUCAGCUCAGCGUGUGGUCCUGGGGUCCUGGGAUCGAGUCCCGCAUCGGGCUCCCUGCAUGAAGCCUGCUUCUCCCUCUGCCUGUGUCUCUUCCUCUCUCUCUGUUUCUCUCAUGAAUACAUUUAAAAAAAUAAAUUUUUUCUAAAAAUGAGAAGUUUAUGUAUUAAAGGUAUAUAUAUAAGGAGUGCUCUUAGGAUGAGCACCAGGCGAUGUAUGAAAGUGUUGAAUAACUAAAUAGUACACCUGAAACAAAUAUUACACUGUAUGUUAACUAACUGGAAUUUGAAUAAAAACUUUUUUUUUUUUUU